GAAAGAAAGCAAGACAAGUGGAGCGAGAAGAAGAUGGAGAAAGUGGUUGAUCUCUUCGGAGUAGGAGAAGCCAACACACAGAAACUACUCGAAGGAGGCAACGAUCUCAGCCAAAUCCAACAGGGACUCUUCAUAGGCUCAGUAGCCGAAGCCAAUAACAAAGAACUGCUCAAAAGCUCAAACAUCACUCAUGUCUUAACCAUAGCUGUUGCCUUGUCCCCUCCUUACCCUGAUGACUUUAUCUAUAAAGUCAUCGAAGUCGUUGACAGAUCCGAGACGGAUUUGAGUGUUUAUUUCGAUGAGUGUUUUAGCUUUAUCGACCAAGCUAUUGAAUCUGGUGGUGGGGUUUUGGUUCAUUGCUUCAUGGGGAUCUCAAGGAGUGUGACUAUAGUGGUGGCUUAUCUGAUGAGAAAGCAUGGGAUUGGUUUCUCUAAAGCUAUGGAGAUCGUAAAGAGUCGACGUCCUCAAGCACUGCCUAAUUUUGGUUUUGUUUCUCAGCUUCAGCAAUUUGAAAAAUCUAUCAAAGUACAUGAUGAGGAUUCUUCUUCAGCUGAUAAUAAGAAGGUAGUAACAUGAACUCUCAAGUCUCAUGAGCCCCAUGAUGACCCCAAAAAAAAACUCAAUUGGUUUCGUGAUUUGAAUGAUUUUUCUUGUGAACGAUUGAUGGUGAGCUAAUUGCCAUGUCCAUUUGCCGUGUGCAAUAAAUAAAAAACGCAGAUAUUACUCUCUCUUUUUUUUUCUCUGUUACUACAAUGAAUAUUUUCGAGGAUUGUGAUGAAAUGCACUUAACCAAGACAAAACCAGAUUGAAUUACUUUGGUUUGGUCUUCCGACAUCAUUGCAUUGUUAAGUCAUUAGAUAGUUACAUAUAUAAGUAUCACGUUUUAU